AAGUUAACAUAUGUUAACGUACAUUGUAUGUUAGCCAUGUUAACCAAGAGGAUUGUCAUCUUAAUAAAAAUAAAAAUUAAUAAAUAGAAGGUUUAUUAAAUAAAAUUUUGAAUUCCAUUGAUGGCGCUGAGAUGGACCCGGUGGUGUUCUUCGUGGUACUGACUUCGAUUUAUGUUGUCCUGUAUUUCUUCGAUCGCUUUUUCAAGAGCUGCAUGCACUACCCCUACGAUGCCUUUUUGAAGAAUACUGGCCUGACUGUCAAUUUCCUGACCAUCCACUGGCACACGACCGUCUUCAAUAGAACGCUACUGCGAUGGGGAUCCGCCGGGAACAGCUGCACCCGGAAGAUGAAGCUCACCAGCUUCAAUGUGGGUGUGGUGCUCACCUUCGCCCUGCUGCCCAUCGGGCUCAUCCUGCUCAUCGUGACCAUUUUCAGCAGCGGUGAGGCGGAGAGCACUGCCACAGCCGGUGGAGUACCGGUCCAGCUUGAGAUCCUGUUGCCGGGUGUUAAUCUACCUCUGGAGGAGUUUGGCUACUACAUAACCACUUUGGUCCUUUGUCUGGUGGUGCAUGAGAUGGGUCAUGCCGUGGCUGCCGUGCUCGAGGAUGUUCCAGUCACGGGAUUCGGUAUAAAGUUUUUCUUCUGUCUGCCUUUGGCCUACACGGAGCUGUCUCACGACCACCUAAAUGGCCUGCGCUGGAUCCGUAAGCUGCGCGUACUGUGUGCCGGAAUCUGGCACAACUUUGUCUUUGCCGGCGUGUGCUAUCUACUUAUAUCGACUGUGGGCAUUACCAUGUCGCCGUUAUACACUUACAACGAACACGUAGUGGUUACGGAACUGACACGAAAGUCACCGCUACGUGGGGAGCGUGGCCUUCAGGUGGACAACCAGGUCACCCAGAUCAACGGUUGCCCGGUGACCAGCGAGGAGAGCUGGCAAUCCUGCCUGCUAAGCUCCGUAAAACAGAAACCCGGCUACUGCGUGAGUGCGGACUUUGUCCAGCUGAACGAUGAGAGCAGCGCCAUUUCGCACCACGCCAUCGACGGCCAACUGCAGUGCUGCGACGAACUGAAUCCCAAUGUGAGCUGCUUUGAGGUUGUCGAGGAUGCGAACGGUGAUGUGCCUGUGGAGCUGCCCCAGCACGUGUGCCUCAAUGUUCGUCGCACCCUCGAGGAGGUCACUGAACACUGUUCUUCAGGCGUCUGCUCCGAGGGCUUCUGCCUGCGCCCGUUGAUGCGCAACAUUACUGCCAUAAUGACGUUCAAGCGCACAAAUGCGCGGGGCGAAAAGCUCCCUCCCGUCAUCUACGUGGGCCAUCCGUGGGAUGUGAUCCGUACAGUGGGCGUGUCUGCUUUUGUGCCACGCCACUCGUUUCUAAAGGCCGGCUGGCCUGACGCUUGGCUGUUGCUCCUCAAAUACAAUGUGGUCUUUAGCAUCGGUUUGGCUUUGAUAAACGCCAUUCCAUGCUUCGGAUUCGAUGGCGCCCACAUCACCAGCACUGUGAUACACAGCUUCCUGGUGGGCCGUGUGGACCAGUACGCCAAGCGGGAUCUUAUCUCGGUGAUCAUCACCAGCGUGGGAUCGCUACUUUUUGCGUUAGCCAUGCUGAAGGUGGCUUGGCUCAGCUUUCUGCGACCACUGCUUUAGGAAAUGUUAAAUGGAAUCUGGGAGUCCAACUCCUCAAGACGCUAGACUGCUUUUCACUUUCACAACAAAGAAAUACACGAGCCAGCGAAUGUAGCACCUCAAA